AUGCGACGGCCGCUGACGCCAGUGACGAGCUCGAGGCCCUCGGCGUCGCCACUCAUAAAGUCGAGCGUCUCCUUACCCCCGGCUCCUCAGCGACAACCCACCACGCCGUUGCCACUGCGAGCAAUACCUUCCACCCUCGCGGUCAAGUCUUCUCCUUCCGUACCUCCCGCAUCUGCAACGUAUGAACCGCUCAUCAAAGCCGUUCUCCGGCAACGGCUUCUCUGGAGGAUUUUCUUGGGCUCCAUCGCGUUUUGUUGGGUGCAGACAGUGGCAUGGACAAUAUGGUGUCUCGGCGGUAUUGAGGAACUGGGGAUUGGCGGGUUGUUCAUGGUUCCAGUGGCGCCGUCAACAUCAAUGAUGGCAUAUGUGUACUGGGCAGCGGUAGCAUUGCCUAUCGUGGUGCUAAGAAAAAGGCAUCUCACAGGCCAUUACUCGACAUCAAAGACGCCUUUAAAAACCUUGCAGAAUGCGCUGGUGAGGCAGAGCACUAAAAGCGCAUUCCUGGUAUAUUUUGCCUCUGCGAUCAUUGCAACCCUUCUCCAUGUUUCAAUGGCUCGAAUGUCCAAAUCGGAUGACCCUCGUCUGACAGUGUUUGUCAAAUCAAAGAAGCACCCAUAUUAUCUGAAUGGCCGUUUGGUGUUUCUUCUGACAUCUCAAGUUAUUGUUGCAUGUUGUUCUAUGCUCCGAAACAUCAUGAUGGAUCGCUUUGUUUUUCGAUGGCCAUCCUCUUUUACCCGAAAAUCUGCAGUUACGGUCGGCGACUUCUUACGAACACUGGCCGUAGUAGUUCUCCUCGCAUCCGUUUCCGUGCCCACAUCCGCUGCUGUGUUUGCUACUGCUCGGCUUACGUUUCCCAUACUUUACCGCCUACCAUUACUUCAUCUUAUCCUACGACCAUUCACCGCACACUUCCUUCGGGGACCUUGGACAAUAUUUUUGCCUGUCCAACAUUUCGCUCUUCUGACAAGAUCGUGGCUCCUGGCGUUUUCAACCUUGGCGACCUGGGAGGUCGCAGAACUACUGUUUGAUUCCUUCAUCAGCCAGCCCAUUCCUGUAUCACAUCUGACCGCGGACCCCGCAGUGACCCUCGUGUCAGGAGCAGCUUCCCCUGAUAUAACAUUUAAAUAUUUUGCAUAUGCAGAAUUGAACGAGUUAUCUACUGACCCCACUCCUUCAGCGAGUGCACGUCGGACAGCUCUUUUCAGUGAUCAAAAGUAUUUUCCCAAUCUCUGGAGUCAUUUGUGUAGGGAAAGUCUUCUCGUUCUCGGGCGAGAUUAUCAGCAUUUCUUGCGCAGAGGUGCGCCCCUUGUCACACCGCCUCCUGCAGCAGCAACGGUGGCCCCCAAACCACCCACCUUCCUAUCCACACCUAUAUCGGUAAACAAGCAGUCCAUCUACAAGGAAGCGAAACCGUCCCCCAUCAGUAGCGUUAUUGAUUCCUUCAGUGCGGAUGGAUCAUUUGCACAAGUAGUUGAAGCGGGUGCCGAAGCUGCACACAUUCCGGAAUUAUUCAAGUCAGCUAGUACUGCUUUACCCGUCCCAGCAGAGGUGAUCAAAAGUGUGGAAGAAGCCAAGGAUUAUUUUGGGAAUGUCAAGAAAUCUUUGGGUGAUGCCAUUCAUCGGUACACGCCUGUUGCUGUGCAGGAGGCAUUUGGAACAUGGACAGAUUGGUGGACUAGGGAGCGGAUAAAUAAGGUCGCAGAAGGAUCUUUACCCGGGCGCGAACUUGAUCUCCUCGUCAUAGAAGUUCUAUCGCACUUGACCUGUUCUUCCUUAACAGAAGACCGAUAUGGGGUCGUCCAACGGGAUAUUCCCAAAAUCCUCGAGGCGAUGCUUUCCUUCCUGUCAGCAAUUGAAGACUACCAGAUUGAACUGAACGCUCUGCAGCCACCACCACCAGAAGAGGAGGAAGGCGUUUCGGAGAAAGAAAGAAUACAGCACGAGCAUCUUCGGAUAGAGUUGGCGAAAGCUAGUGAGGUCGUGGGAUACCUAAGUGCCGGAUUGAAAGAUGGUAUCGCGCGCGUUGUUCGGACGUUUGGAAGUACAUUGAAUGCGUUCAAGUUUGCACCGCGUACCGCAAAGAAGCUGCAAGGGUUUGUAGAUUAUAUUCAGUAA